UGGGAAAUCCCACUGAAUUGCUAUCGGGCAACACCUAAUCCGCUCUCCUCGAGCGAGCGCGGGGCGCGUCUUCGCAAGAGGGCAGUUAUGUCAUUUUCACGUCGAUAGGGAAGCUGCAAAGAGUGAAACUAUAGUUCUAAACCCUCAAAACUCCGGGGCAGCGCGUUGCCGGAGAGAGAUGGAAGGAUAUGCGCAGGAUAUGGAAACCACGAUAUCGUGCGCCAUGCGCGCACGCAUCAGAGAUUUCAAUGACCAGGGCCAUUCAUUGACUCUUGCAAAGGUUAGAAGGUCAUUAGAAAAGGACAUGGGAUUGAAGAAAUUUACAUUGGAUGCCCAUAAGAGAUUCAUCAAGCAAUGCUUGCAUGAGUGCUUCAGUGAACUUGAUGAUGAGAAUCUCUCGAAGAACAUGGGGAAGAAUUCAGAGCUAGUCGUUCAUUCAGAGGAAACUGAAAGGGACAAAUCUGAAAAAAUUCCAAGUGAAGAGACAAUUAAGAAGGCUAUUAAAAAGAGAGCUUCUUAUUUCAGAGAUAAUUCUGAGACAAUUACUUUGUCAGGAGCUCGUCGACUUUUAGAGGAAGAUCUCAAGCUUGAGAAAAAUGCUCUUGAUGCCUAUAAAAGUUUCAUAAGCAAGCAGCUUGAUGAGGUUCUGCAAUCUCCUGAGGUUGUUGAAUCCAUGAAUGGGUUUAAGAAAAAAGGUCCAAAGAAAGCCUCCGAUAGCAAUGUUAGAGGUGGAAGUAGCAAGGGCUCUGGAAGAGUCAGUAGAAGAGACGGCAGUUCAGAUUCCUCAGACAUAAGUUCCAGUGGUGAGGAGGGUGCUGAGGAACAACGGGUCAAACAAAAAAAGCAAGCUGUGAAAAAAGUAGCAGCGAGGAAUAUUGAAAGACAGAAGAAGCGCAAAAGAUCUACAAAAGAAAGAAAGCCAUCUUGCAAUGAGAAGAACAAUCCAGUGAAGUCAGCAGCAGAGAAAGGCAGCGAUACUGACGAAGGUGGAAAUUCCUCUGAAGAUGGUAAAUCUCAAUCAUCUGCUGAAGAGCCUGUCAAGAAGAAAAGAGAAAUUUCCACUCAGGUUCAUGGAAAACGUGUAGAACACCUAAAGUCAAUAAUCAAAGCUUGCAGGUUGAGUAUCCCCCCACCAGUUUACAAGAGGGCCAAGCAGGCUCCUGAGAAUAAACGUGAGGCGCAUUUUAUAAAGGAGUUGGAGGAGAUUCUUGGGAAGGAGGGGUUGUCUUCAAAUCCUUCUGAAAAAGAAAUCAAAGAGGUCAGGAAGCAGAAGGAAAGAGCAAAGCAGGGCAUUGACAUGAGUAACAUUGUAUCAAGUUCUCGCCGAAGGUCCACAUCCAAUUUCAUUAUUCCUCCCCCAAAGCCCAGGUUAGCAGUUGAAAAAAAUGAUGGUGGUGGUCGUGAUGAUGAGGAAGAUACUGAUGAUGAAGAGAGUGAAAGCGAAGGCGCAAGUGAAGAAAUCAAAGAGGUCAAGAAGCAGAAGGAAAGAGCAAAGCAGGGCAUUGACAUGAGUAACAUUGUAUCAAGUUCUCGCCGAAGGUCCACAUCCAAUUUCAUUAUUCCUCCCCCAAAGCCCAGGUUAGCAGUUGAAAAAAAUGAUGGUGGUGAUGGUGGUGGUCGUGAUGAUGAGGAAGUUACUGACGAUGAAGAGAGUGAAAGCGAAGGCACGAGUGAAGAAAUCAAACAUGUCAAGAAGCAGAAGAAAAGAGCAAAGCUGGGCAUUGACAUGAGUAACAUAGUCUCAAGUUCUCGCCGAAGGUCCACAUCCAAUUUCAUUAUUCCUCCCCCAAAGCCCAGGUUAGCAGUUGAAAUAAAUGAUGGUGGUGGUGGUGGUGAUGAGGAAGAUACUGACGAUGAAGAGAGUGAAAGUGAAGGCGCGAGUGAAGAAAUCAAACAUGUCAAGAAGCAGAAGAAAAGAGCAAAGCUGGGCAUUGACAUGAGUAACAUUGUCUCAAGUUCUCGCCGAAGGUCCACAUCCAAUUUCAUCAUUCCUCCCCCACAGCCCAGGUUGGCAGUUGAAAAAAAUGAUGGUGGUGCUGCUGGUGGUGGUGACGAGGAAGAUACUGAUGAUGAAGGGAGUGAAAGUGAAGGCGCGAGUGAAGAAAUCAAAGAUGUCAAGAAGCAGAAGAAAAGAGCAAAGCUGGGCAUUGACAUGAGUAACAUUGUCUCAAGUUCUCGCCGAAGGUCCACAUCCAACUUCAUUAUUCCUCCCCCAAAGCCCAGGUUGGUUGUUGAAAAAAAUGGUGGUGUUGGUGGUAGUGGUGGUGAUGAUGAUGACGAGGAAGAUACUGAUGAUGAAGAGAGUGAAAGCGAAGGCGCGUGUGAAGGACUUAUGUUGCAUGCAGGAGCUUCUUCGACUUCUGCCCAACAAAGCAACACAAGGGAGUUAGUUGAAUUCAAUCAAGUUGGGCAGCUGGUUGGAGAAAACGCAGCUUCAUUCUCCACAUUUUUAGGGCAACUGACCAGGGAACACUGUCCAAUUAGGUACGCUGAUUGGCGCAGUAUACCUGGUGCAGUUAAGGAUAAAUUAUGGUCUAUGAUUAGGGGUGUAUACGAGGUCGAUGAGAAGCACAAAGAGAAGGUCCUUCAAAAAAUGAACCUCUCCCUGAGGAAGUGGAAGUGCCAAUUGAGAAAGCAUUUUGAUAAGUUUGAUCAAGUUGCCGAGAGAAAAAGAAAUUGUCCCAAAGGUGUGACACAAGAAGAGUGGGACAGUUUUGUUGAUGUAGAGUCCACGGAACAGUCAAUCAGUCGUCGUGAAAAGGGUAAGGCUUCCAGAAAAGAGAUGAAAGGCCCUCACACGACUGGUAGAAGAGGAGCUGCUAGGACGGCAGAGAAAAUGCGAAAGGAAAAUCCAGAUACUAUCAUCACCAGAACAGACUUGUAUAUGGCCACCCAUACUAGAUCCGAUGGGUCUUACCCGACACAAAAGCUGAGCGUCACAAUGGAAAGAAUAAAAUCGAUAAUUGCCAAUGACCCUGCUAGUAAACAGAGGGAUUUAGACCACGACCCAGUUGCACAGGUUUGUGGUCGUGAUAGCAAGGGACUUGUUAGGGGCCUAGGUGGGGGUGUUUCUAAGACCACCAUUAUGGCUUCGACUCCCUUCAUGGAAGAAGCUCAAACAGAGAGGAGUGCACGUAUGUCCCUUGCAUCCAAAACGGAAGCAACAAUGACUGAAAUGCUAAAGAGAUUGGACGAGGAAAAGGCAUUUCGUAUGAGCUUGGAGCAACAGUUGGCUGACAUUAGGCAGCAGAUUGCUUGUCAAGGUCAACACGUGCACUGCUGCCCCGAGAGAACCGCAUCUCAGGCCUACCAUCAAUCCGGUGAUGCCUCGAGUCUUCAAGACGACUCAACCCCAUCUCCACGGACGGUACAGAUUUGCCGUUUCCUAGUGGGUGACUGAUGAGAGAUAAUACGGGCAUCUAAAGCAGACUGUGUCAUGGUCGUAAUAGAUGGUAUUAAGAUUCUAACUACGGAGUCGUUUGGUGAUGACAAGACCUUUGAAGAUGUGAUGCUGGGUGAAAUUCUUGUUUGGUCCAGAGUGCUGAUGGAAACUUGAUUAUUAUUCAGUGGCUUUGUUUAAAUCUUUUUACUUCUAGACUAGGCUCUGGUCUUUUGUAUGAUUCAUUAUUAGGUUUAAGGAUCCUUAGAUUAUUAAGUUGUUUUGUUUUUUAAUUGCAGGUGGUGCUUCUUUGUUUCA